UAGAAACUUAGACUUGCUUCGGUAGCUCCAUCACAAGCUGACAAUGGCAGAGGGGCAGAAGAAAGGGGCCUUCAAAAAAUUCAAGUUCUUUAAGUUCAAAGGCUUUGGGAGCCUGAGCAACAUCCCUCGAGCCUUCACCCUCCGGCGAGUGUCUGCCCCUGCCAGCCCCACGGAGAGCCUGCGGGCAGGGACCCUGCAUCCCAACAGCUUCCUGGAGGAUGCCCUGGAGAGCACUCAGGAUGACUUGAACACCAUGCCCAAGAGCCCAUCCCCCUAUGCCAGGUCGUGCGACAUGUACAGCCACAUGGGGACAAUGCCCAGGACCACCCCCAGUGGGGCAGGGAAACGGACCAAGAGCUCCCAAAGCUCCCAUAACAGAGGGACCACAGGUGGCAGAGCCCCUGGCACAUCCCCACCAACCAUUCCAGAGUCAGUGGCUCCCGUUGACCCUGCCCCAGCAGCAGAUGCUUCCUCAGGGACUUUGCCAUCGAAUAACAGCUCCAGCCUGGGUGAGUCAAUCACAACAGAGCCCGGGGUGGGAUCUGACGCCUUGGGGAACGACCCUCCCCCUGGGCAGGCACCUGGGGGCAUGGGAGAGGGACUCGCUGCCAGCCCAGCCCAGGAGCCUAUCCAAGCUCCUAGAACUGAUUGUACCACAGCAGAGCUGUUGCAAGAGCCCGUCCUGUUGGAAGGAAAAGGAGCAAAGGAGGAGCUGCCGCCAGCCUCCUGGGAGAGCCGGCAAGGGAGUCCCACUGAUGGCCCAGAAUCCUGCAGUGAAUACGUUAAGUUCUCCAAGGAGAAGUACAUCCUUGACUCUUCGCCGGAGAAGCUUCAUAAGGAGCUGGAGGAGGAGCUGAAACUGAGCAGCACGGACCUGCGCAGCCACGUGUGGUACCAUGGGCGCAUCCCCCGAGAGGUGUCGGAGAGCCUGGUCCAGAGGAACGGGGACUUCCUGAUCCGGGACUCGCUCACCAGCCUGGGGGACUAUGUGCUGACGUGCCGCUGGAGGAAUGAGCCGCUGCACUUCAAGAUCAACAAGGUGAUGGUGAAGUCCAGCGAUAGCCGCACCCACAUCCAGUACCUGUUUGAGCAGGAGAGCUUCGACAACGUGCCAGCCCUGGUGCGCUUCUACGUGGGGAACCGCAAAGCUGUCUCCGAGCAGAGCGGCGCCAUCGUCUACUGCCCCAUCAACCGCACCUUCCCGCUGCGCUACCUGGAGGCCAGCUACGGACUACCCAAUGGGAAGCACAGCGGACCCCAUAGCCCCGCCAGCCAGAAAGGGGGGCACAUCAAGAGACGGAGCAUCACCAUGACGGAUGGACUGACGGCCGACAAGAUCACCAGGGGCGAGGGGUGCCCCACCAGCGUAUCCUUACCACAUCACCGAGACGUCAUCCGGAACUGCGCAGUCAGCGUGGACCAAAUCCAAGAUCUCCAUUCCCCAAUGUCUCCCAUCUCCGAGAGCCCACUGUCUCCAGCCUACAGCACCGUGACUCGGCUAAAGCCCCAAGGGGGUCAAGCUGGUGGCAUAACCCCAGCAUCUCCCGUCAUAAGAAGAUCCAGUGAGCCACAGCUGUGUCCAGGAAAAAAAACCCUGACAGACCUGGCUGAUAGCACCCACUCCACUCCCUGCCAUGGGAACUCCACGGCCUCUCCUUCCCCCUCCGUUAACAGCUAUAGUGACUCGGAUACAGGGCAUUACUGCCAGCUCCACCCCACCUCUCCUGUCGGCCAGGAGAGACCAACUCACGACACCAAGCAGCUCCCCACUAAGAGCUAUGUGGAGAGGUUGAAGGUGGAGGGGGGUCAGAGGGUGACUGCAGAGAACGUCUCCAGCGAGGCAGGGCAGAGGAUGAAAGGGGAGCAGGACAUUGUGGGUUUUGUCUUACCCACUGUGGAGAUGGGCUCGUCUUUCAACCCUGUGGCGUUCCAAUCCCUGCUGAUCCCCCUGGAAAACAAGCCUCUGGAAAUGGCCGUGCUUAAGAAGGUGAAGGAGCUCCUGGCAGAGGUGGAUGCCAAGGCCCUUGCCAGACACAUCACCAAAGUGGACUGCCUGGUUGCUAGGAUACUGGGUGUUACCAAGGAGAUGCAGAGGCUCAUGGGAGUGAGCUCAGGCAUGGAGCUGCUCACCCUGCCCCAUGGCCAUCGACUUCGGCUGGACCUCCUAGAACGGUUCCACACCAUGUCCAUAAUGAUUGCGGUGGAUAUCCUGGGCUGCACAGGCAGCACGGAAGAGAGGGCAGCCCUGCUGCACAAGACCAUACAGCUGGCUGCCGAGCUGAAAAGCACCCUGGGGAACAUGUUCAGUUUUGCUGCUGUGAUGAAUGCACUGGAAAUGACCCAGAUCUCACGGCUAGAGCACACUUGGAUGGCACUGCGCCAGCGGCACACCGAGGGGGCCAUCCUCUAUGAGAAGAAGCUAAAGCCCUUCCUGAAGAGCCUGAAUGAAGGAAAAGAAGGCCCUCCGCUGACCAAUACCACCUUCCCUCAUAUUGUGCCCCUUAUUACACUCCUGGAGCGGGAUGCCGUGCUCCUGGACAGCCCUGAGCCCUGGGAAAACACGGACAAUGGCGUGGAGGUUGUCAUGGCCCACCUGGAAGCAGCGCGGAUGGUGGCGCAUCACGGGGGACUGUACCAUACCAACGCAGAGGUGAAGCUUCAGGGAUUCCAGGGCAAGGCUGAGCUCCUUGAGAUCUUCAGCACUGAGUUCCAGAUGCGUCUCCUUUGGGGCAGCCGCGGUGCUGAGAGCAGCCAGCGGGAGCGCUACGAGAAAUUCGACAAGGUUCUCACUGCAUUGUCCCACAAGCUAGAACCCUCUGUGCGGUUCAGUGAACUGUAACCGACGUGGGACUUAGAGUUAAACUCACAGGGGGAGGGUAACACCAAUCAGUCCUUCAAGAGGCCAAGUAACCAGGUCCCCAGUCUGCAAGCCAGCCCACUCCUCCUCAUGCACCCAUGGGGGCUAGGAAGCUGUGGGUACCACAGACCCAGAAGGGGGGCCAGCCAGGCACAAGAGCGUGAGGAAGAAAGCUGGCAUUUAACAUCUGCGAAGGAAAGAACUGCCCACGAGUGAAAUCAUGGCAUUGGGAUGGGUACAGCUGUAGAUCUCUGGAGAAGAGAAACCUUUUGAAAAAUUCCAGCAUGCCAGACUGAUGGGGAAGGGGGAGGGAGCCCAGAACAGCUGUUGUGAUAUAGGUCCAUCCAUGCUCCACACAUGCAAACUACAGGAGUCUGCAUUUAAUUUUCACACAAAGCAGUGACCUCCCCUCCUCGACCACCAAUACAAAUCAAUAGUGGAAUCUCACUAACGGACCCUCCCCACUAAAAAUCCUAUCGAAAUUCCCUGGACAGUCCCAGUGCAAAUUUUUUGAGCUGCACAUUUGUGGAGGAAGGAGAGCGCUGAUCACUCCCAGCCAUGGGACCUCCUGCUGAUUCUCAGCUGUAGUAUAGGCCAGUUUGUGCAUCCCAGCUGAUCUACACAAAGAUGCCUGUUAAGCCAGAAAUCCACCUCCUCUGGCCCUGCAAUCACAAGGUAUCUCAUUACCGUUGUGUUCUUCAUUCAGCCUUGCUGGUUCUCAGCCACAUGGGGUCCAGUUGCUAUGAUCACCCAGUGCCGCCCCAACUUGUACAGCCUGUUGGCCUCAAGAUGUUUUAUCUUUUCUCUGUCUUGUCUGAGGCCUCUUAAUUCUGCCUGUAAAUAAAUUUCACAAUUACUUCUUGA